CUUUCCCCCCCCUUCCAGUCCGGACACUUUCCCCCCCUUCCAGUCCGGACACUUUCCCACCCUUCCAGUCCGGACACUUUCACUCCCUUCCAGUCCAGACACUUUCCCUCCCUUCCAGUCCGGACACUUUCACCCCCCCUUCCAGUCUGGACACUUUCCCCCCUUCCAUUCCGGACACUUUCACUCCCUUCCAUUCGGGACACUUUCACCCCCUUCCAGUCCGGACACUUCCCCCCCUUCCAGUCCGGACACUUUCCCCCCCUUCCAGUCCGGACACUUCCCCCCCUUCCAAGUUCGGACACUUUCACCCCCUUCCAGUCCGGACACUUCCCCCCCUUCCAGUUCGGACACUUUUCACCCCCUUCCAGUCCG